AUGGAGAAUUCAGGGAAGAAAAGAGGAAUUGUGAUAAAAGAUGACUGGCCAGGUUACAGUCUUGACCUGUUCACCUACCCCGAACACUACCACGAAGACAUAGAGAGUGUUUACAUUCCACAUGGGGUAAUAAUGAACAGGACAGAGCGGCUGUCCCGUUACAUCAUGGAAGACUUCGGAGACAGCCACAUCAUGGUGCUUUGCGUUCUGAAGGGAGGCUACAAGUUCUGCUCAGACCUGGUGGAGUUUAUCAAGGUUCUUGGCCGCAACUCUAACAAGUACCUUGAAACGCGGGUGGAGUUCAUCCGUCUGAAGAGUUACCUGAAUGACCAGUCAACAGAAGACCUGCACAUCAUAGGAAGCAGUGAUCUGUCUUUUCUGCGUGGAAAGUGUGUGCUCAUUGUUGAGGCCAUAGUUGACACAGGAAAGACCAUGAACGCCCUACUGAAGCAUGUGGAGACCUUUGAACCCAAGAUGGUCAAGGUCGCAGGUCUACUGGUGAAAAGGGUUCCUAACAUGGCUGAAAAUCUAACAGACUAUGUUGGAUUUGAAAUCCCCAACCGCUUUGUUGUUGGUUAUGCCUUGGACUACAAUGAAUACUUCCGUGACCUGAAUCAUAUCUGUGUCAUCAGCAAGAGUGGGAAGACGAAGUACAAGGUUUGA